GUUCUCAGACUUCUGCCGCACUCUUUAACAAUUUAUAUCUAUCUCCAUUAAUGGGUCUCUUUUUUUUCAUCUAUUUUCGGGUGAGAUUGUUUUUUUUAUUCAUCAAUUAUAUUGUGUUUAUAUUCCAUAUGAGGUUUUAUCUCUGUUUGGUUGCUGAGAAAGUGUAUGGGAAAAAAAUUGGUGUAGAGAAUUUUGUUAAAAUUUGUUUUUUUUUCUUUUCUUUCAGUAAAUGGAAUUAGAAAAAAUUUGGUUUUCCCUGAGAUUGCAAAAUUUAACGAAUUUAGCAGUGGAGUGGUAGAAAGUUCAUGAAAUUUUAGUUUAAGGGAAGAUUUUCAUUCAUUAUUCAACGUUUUUUUAAAAAAAAAAUAAUGAUGCUCUUUAAAGAUGAAGUCAAGGUUAUUUUUGUGUAGAUACCUGUAAAAGAAGUAAUCUUACUAGAUCUUUGUUUUUGUGUUUUUUUUUUUUUAAAUUGUGAUAGAAAUGUAGAAGAUAUGUGGAUUGUGCAAAAAACUCUUCGAUAAUGUUACAACCGUGCUAAUUAACUGGGAAGUAGGGGCGAUUAUGUCUGGAAGCAACUUGUGCUAUAGAGGGAUGGUUGGGAUAUAUAGUUGAUUGGUUGUGAAUAUUUAUACGUGUUUGUGUGUGUGCAUGUGUGUGCCCGCCUCUUGGAUCAUGCCAUGACAGUAUGAAUCAGAGUAUUUUUCUCACAAGGUUGAGGCAUGACAUUUUCUUGUAAGAUUUUGGCUAGGAAGAAUGGAUUGGUAGAUGGUAAGUUAGCAUAUUGUUAAGUUUGAUGGCAUAAAUGAGCUUAGUUGGAGCUAGAGAACCAUGACUAAGGAUAUCUACAUCUGGCUGCAAUUUGUAAAACCAUGAUGACAAGCAAAGCUAUGGGCAUUAAUUUUUUAAGGAUUUUGGUGCUCAAAAAAUGAAAGGAAAAAAAAAAUACUAAUACUGCAUCAUUUGAAAUUUUGUAGGAUUAGAAUUGAGGAACAUAAAGGCAUUGGUGAGUCCUUAGAUGGUUCUCCAUUUGACCCGGUGGAAUUUUAGGGUUGUAUCUGGCUAGUGCGUCAUCAUUUAUUGUCAUUCUUUUUUGGUUUGUUGUCUUUGAUGAAAUGUAUGUAUAUUCAAUUUAAUGACUUUGUGUAUAAGAAGACAUACUUUAUUAGAGAAGAUGGAGUUUAUAACAAACAGUUUUAGUUGAAAUGAAUAAGAAAGAUUGGUCAAGUAUGUUGAUUCUCGGUACGGAUAAUCUCUCCUAGGUGAACUCCAAUCAGAAAUCUCAGUCAGGAUUUAUUAUGACAUAUAAGGUGAUUAGUUUCAUCCAGUUUUAGGGGAGUCUAAUUGUUGUGCACAUUUUGUUAAUUAGUUGUAAACAAGUCAUAUAAUGUGUUCUGUAAGUUGGACUAGAUUGUUAUAUUAUGCUCUGUUUCAUUGGGAAGUUAGCAUGUAUUGGAUAAUUGAUGAUUUGGGAUUUAAGCUUGGGCAUCUUGUUGAUUCUAAAGAAGUAAUUGUUUAAGGUUUCAAGGGUAUGUUAUGUUCCUCUGGGAGGAAGUUUUUGUAAGAGUGUGUUUUUUAUCCUUGGCCAACUCAUGGGCAAAGGGGAUGUAGUUCAUGCUUUAAGUUCUGAAGAAAUGCUUCGUGAUAUGUGAUAAUGAAUCUACACACAUGCAUUUUAGUUUUGUUAUCGUUUGGAGCUUGUUUGUCCAUCUGAUGAUGUAUAUGUUUAUCUUUUUUUUUUUUUUUGAUAAGCAUAUCUGUUUAUCUAUUAUUCGGUGUCACCUUAGAGACAUGUCAAUUGAAAGCUUUGUUUUCAUUUUACCUCCACAUUGAAUUUAUAGUUAAUACUUUGAACGAAUUUAUUUCAGUUGAAGAAUUAUUAAGCAAGCAGAUUAGUUAGCUUCAGAAAUUUAAAGGGAAUGAAAUGGAAAAGCCAGUGAAGUCAGAUAGGAUUAGCAAUCUACCAUGGGAUGUAUUGAACAGCAUCCUCGUGCACCUGCCACUAAGAGAUGUGGCUAGGACUAGUCUCUUAUCAAGAAAGUGGAGAUAUAAGUGGACUAGCCUCUCGCAGUUUGUUAUUGACGAUAAAUGCUUCCCCUAUUCUUUGCCAGACAAAACCAGGUGGGGAGAGAUUAGGAGAAUCUUUCACCUGGUUCAAUCAAAUCACAAUGGCCCAAUAGAGAAGUUUAAGCUUGCUGCUUAUUGCUAUCCAGACCAUUCUGAUUUAAAUGAGUGGAUAAAUUAUUUGACGGUGAAAGGUAUCAAGGAAUUAAUUCUUCAGGACUUCAGUUUUAUUAGGCGUUUUAAAUUGCCUUCGUGCCUUUUUUCUUGUCCUCGACUAAUCUGCUUAGAGCUUCAUGGCUGCAUUUUGAAGCUCCCACCCACAUUCAGAGGUUUUAAUUGUCUCAAAAGUCUUCAGCUCGCUCAGGUUUCCAUUAUUAGCGAGACCCUAGAAUAUUUGAUUACUAGCUGCCCUGCUCUUGAGAGACUGACCCUAUUGAACAUUGAUCAUUUAGCAAUUCUUAGAAUCCGCAAUCAGAACUUGAAGUACUUGAAAAUAGAUUCUGAAUUUGAAGAUAUCUUUCUUCAAAGCAGUCCACUUUUGGCCAGUGUUGAUAUUCGCAUGAUCCCUGUGGAUGGAAGAUCUAUGCCUUGGUCAGAGGAAAGGGAUCCUUCCAACCUAAUCAGAGUUUUGGGCUGUCUAUAUGGUAUCAAGAAGCUCACUUUGUCCUCUUAUUUUAUUAAGUUUCUUGCUAAUGGCAUUUUACCAGUGAGACUUCCAAGACCACUCCUUAAUCUUUUGGUUCUUGACCUUAAAGAAGUAAGAUUUAAUAGUUUUAAGGAUGUUGCAGCUUUCUUUUCCAUACUUAGAAGCUCCCCAAAUUUAGAGGAACUCAUUAUAUCGGUUGGCCAUUCAAAUGAGGUCAUCAGACCUGUUGUUGAUUUUCUGAAAGAUCAGUGCCUGUAUAAUUUCUUCUUCAGCCAACUUAAAGUGGUGAGGAUCAGAGGCCUCUGUGGCACCAGACCUGAAUUGGAAUUUUUAAAGCUCAUACUUGCUCAUUCUCCUGUCCUUGAGGCAUUGACUGUAGUAAAAUAUGGAAGUGAGAGAGUUCCUGAAUCAUUGUUGCUGCAUGUUGAGAGAGCUUCUGAAAAGUUGAAGAUUACGAGCUUAUCUUUGUAGGCCAGCUAUGACAUGCAGGUGAAAGGGAUCCUCAAUGGUUGUUACUGCAAAGUGAGAAGGGUUCAACAUGUAACAGGUGCGACUUUUAGCGCACCUUGUAACUGUCAAGCGUUGACCUAUAUCUCAGCAUUCUUUACUAUAGAGUAUUUCUUGUUUUGUAGAAAACUAGAAGAACAUGAAUGGCAUUGCAGUGUAAAUGAUAUUUUUUCCUUAAUAAGAGAUGGAGAUUAUGUUGGAAGCAUUGA